AAAAGGAAAAGCAAAGGAUCCCUUACAUUAUCCUACAUCUACUUACACACCACCUUUAAACCACAAAAUAGGUAAAAAGAGAAGAAAAGAGGGAGUCAUACAACACAGUGUGAUUCUCUACUUGCACCUAGCUAGGAACUGUCACAAAAAAUAAGAGUGAAGAUGAUGGAGGGGUCAUCAAAGUGGUGGUGGAUUGGUGGAAAUCACAACACAUCAAAUUCAUCUCCUUGGCUUAACUCUACUCUCUCUGAUCUUGAUGCAAAGACGAAGGAAAUGCUGAGAGUGAUUGACGAGGUUGAUGAUGAAGCAGAUUCCUUUGUGAAACGAGCUAAGAUUUAUCACGAGAAAAAGCCAGAACUCCUUGCUAUGAUCGAAGAUUUAUACCGUUCGCACCGCUCCUUGGCGCAUAAGCAUGACCUCUUGAUCAAAACCUCUGGUCUGAAUCCGACCAGACAGAACUCAUCAACCUGCGACGAGAUCGUGUUGGAAUCUUUUGAAGAAAUGGAGUCUGAAGUGGAUGAUGGUGAAACGGUGAAGGGAGAUUUGGUGAGUUUGAAAGAAGAGACGAAUGAAGUGACUUGUUUGAUUGCAGAUGAAGUUAGGGUUCCUCGUGCUUCCAUUUCCAUUGGGAAAUGUUUUAAUCUCUUCAUUUGCAUGUUUGUUCACUGUUUCUUUAGAACCAUAUCGUAGGUUGUUGGGUGUCUCCAUGUAUGAAUUAAAGUCUCAUGAGGACUUUGUUUUUACAUAAUUUGAUUAUCAAAUAAGAUGUACAAGAGAUUUCAUGUUAUCCUCAGCUCUUUUCUUAUAUAAAAUUUCUAUGAUCCUA